GUCCUGUGGCCGCAUCUGCAUGAGGAGCUCAGUGCUGCUGGAUAUGGAGCAUUUGACUGUGGUGUGGAGUUUGUGGCUUCUUCUGUCUCUCAGUUUUGGAGGGGUCUUGUGUCAGACCACCAACUACACCAGGCCCGUGUUUAACUGUGGAGGGGAUCUGGUUGGAGACUCAGGCUUUGUGGGAAGUGAAGGAUUCCCAUCGUUUUACAAACCCAACAGCAAAUGUACUUGGUACAUCACGGUCCCAGAGGGCAAUGUGGUGAUGCUGUCCUUCAGGAUUUUUGAUCUGGAAGCUGAUCCUCUCUGCCGCUAUGACUAUGUGGAUGUUUAUAACGGACACUCAAACAUGGUGCAGAAGCUCGGUCGCUUCUGCGGGACAUUCAGGCCUGGGGCUCUCAUCUCCACGUCCAACACCAUGAUGGUCGAGAUGGUUUCAGAUUCAGGAACUGGAGGCAGAGGGUUCGUGGCCUACUUCAAUGGUGGAAAACCACACGUGGAUGAGCACCAGUUUUGUGGUGGGAAGCUCACAAAAUCUCAGGGCACGAUCAAAACUCCCAAUUGGCCAGAGAAAAAUUAUCCACCGGGCAUCAGCUGUUCUUGGCUUAUAACAGUGGAACCAGAAAUGGUGAUUGAAGUGAAGUUUGAUAAGUUUGAUUUAGAAUCUGACACUUACUGCCGCUUUGACUAUGUGGCGUUCUUUAACGGAGGAGAGAAAGACGAUUCGAGGCGCAUCGGAAAGUACUGUGGAUACACUGCACCUCAGAACAUUGUUACGAAUAGCAACGUGCUGUUAGUGCAGUUCGUAUCUGACCUGAGCGUGACUUCGGACGGAUUCAUGGCGUCAUACACCAGCAUCCCGCGUGGUCUCCAUUCUCCGUCUGCAGGUGGCGAUGUUGUGUCAGGACCAAGAGUGUCUUCAACACCCACAAAACCUAAAAUCAUCCCAGCAAAACCUGUCGUAACAACAGAAGCGAUAACUACAACUACAACCACUACUACAGAGGCACCGGAACAGCCAAAGCCCCGACCUAAACCAGUUAGACCCAUUAAACCUGUGAAGCCUCCAGUCCGUAAACCAGAGCCUGAAAGACCCAGACCUGCCACCGAAACAAACCCACUGUGUGCAAAGGCAUGUAAAAGAGAUGGAACUAUCAAGACAAGCUUCUGUGCAAGUGAAUUUGUGAUCACCGGUACACUGACAGCAUUGACUGCUGGACCUAGAGGAAGUAUGCAAGGCACCGUGUCCUUAAUUAAAGCCUAUAAGACUGGCAGACUCACAAUCACCCAAGCUGGAGAAACCAUGUCUGUCAAACUCAUGAUGCCCUGCAAGAAAUGCCCAUUGCUGCGCAGAGGUCAAAACUACAUCCUGAUGGGUGAGGUGGACGAUGAAGGCCGUGGUGUUCUCAAUCCUGGCACUUUCACAGCUCUUUACAAAGCCCCACAUCACAAAAUGCUGACCAACAUCAACAACCAGCCAUGCUGAUCUGCUCCCUCAUAUAUCCAUGUAAACGUGAGCAACAUGUGGAGAAAAGACACUAGAUGAAAGCAAUGGCUAUGGACAGUGAUUAGACAAGAUAAUAAGAGGUCUUGUUUGGCUUGCUCAGGAAGUCAUGCAAAACUUUUCUGGACUGAUUUGAUUCAACUAUGGUGCAUUCCAAACUUGAUAGUUUUUAUAGCUCGUAUAGACAACACAGAGAUGUCACUAAAUAUAUGUGUAACUUAUGAUGAUGUCAUCUGAUUUAUAUAACACAAUAUUGCAUUGAAUUUGACACUGUGUUGUUUUAUUGACAAGGGAUUUGUUUUCAUUCAUUGAAAGCUGGUUUUGGUUCAAAUACAUCUUUGACACAGAUUUAAACCAUGAGCACAUACUAAACUGGUGAUGUGGUUAAAAUAA